UCUAGUGUACUAUGGCCAACUGCAGAGGCUGCAAAGCAGGUUUUAAUCUGAUUCUGAUAGGUCUGGGCAACCACCAGACAGUAUUGGCUUUCUAGGGAAACAGACCAAUAAAAGAAGGUGACAGAGUGGAGACACAGUCAAGUCUCCUUGUCUCACUGACAGUACAGCUAGCUAUGGGAGCAGACCAGGUUGUUCAUGACUUUAUCCAACUGGGCCUUGAAGACUCCAAAAAAUGAAGAUUGCACAAUUCUGAGGAGCUGCUUCAAUGAAUGUUCUUCUGUGAAAAACGAUUUUCCCUAAAGCUGCUGGCCUACGCAGAUUCAUUGGUGAUCAGUGGCACAUGCAGAACAUCCGCAAAGACUCUGUGGAAAGCUCUGAUGAUGAGUUUUUUGAUGCUCGAGAAGAGGUGGUGGAAGGAAAAAGUGCUAUUCUCAUCGGCAUGAGCCAGUGGAACUCAAAUGACCUUGUUGAGCAGAUAGAAACAAUUGGGAAGCUGGAAGAAAAUCAAGGAGAAGAAUCUGUGUUUUGUUCAUCUGGCUUUCUACAGGAAAAGCAACGUGAAUUAUAUCAUGCCUCAUUAAGAAAACAAAGGUUACCUGCACAAGGCAGUAUUGAAAUACAUGAGGACAGUGAGGAAGUAGUUCAACACCAGAAAUGCAAAACUCGUGUGCUAAUUCUGAUCCUACAUGGAGGGAAUAUCUUAGACAAUGGGGGAGAGGAUCAAAGCAGCAAGCUGGCAGACAUCAACACCUUCUGUUCUGUCUUUGAGAAGGUGACACAAGACCAUUUCCCUGCUGCUUUGGGCCACAUCUUAAUCAGACUUGUUCCCUGCCCAGCAAUCUGUUCAGCAGCCUUCUCUCUUGUUUCCAACCUAAAUCCUUACAGCUAUGAUGAAAGCUGUCUCAGCAGCAGUGAAGACCACAUCCCGCUGGCUGCUUUGCCCUUGCUGGCUGUUUCAUCCCCUCAGUACCAGGACGCAGUUGCCAUGGUGAUCAGUAGAGCAAACCAAGUUUACAAUGACUUUCUCAAAUCUACAGAUGGAGUUGGGUUUAACGGGCAGGUAUGUCUCAUUGGUGACUGCAUUGGAGGCAUUUUGGGGUUUGAUGCCAUUUGCUAUAAUACUAACAGAACUGAUGAGAGUCAGAACAGUAGCAGGAGAGGAAGCAUCAGCAGCAUCCAGGAUAAUCCCCUUUUAACAGAGGACUCCAGUCUGGGUGGCAGAAAACACCUGAGCAAAAGCAAUAUUGACAUCUCAGAAAUUAUGGAGGAUGAAGAGCCAAGACAGCUGUUGCCUAGGAAACAGAGUGACUCAUCCACCUACAACUGUGAUACUAUAACAAAUCAUCAUGCUUUCCUGUCUAGCAUCCGCUCAAGUGUGUUGAAAGAUGGCGCAGACUUUCUUCCUGCGAAUUCCAGUCUCUCAGAUGUAAACCUGGGCCGGUUUGAUUUUGAGGUGUCUGAUUUCUUCCUCUUUGGAUCACCGCUUGGUUUGGUGCUGGCCAUGAGGAGUACUGUUCUGCCAGGUCUGAAUGUUUGUCAGGUUCGCCCAGCCUGCAGCCAGGUGUACAGUUUCUUUCACUCCGCUGACCCAUCUGCCUGCAGACUUGAACCAUUGCUGGAGAAAAGAUUUCAUCUCCUGCCUCCAUUCAGUGUUCCACGAUACCAGAGAUACCCACUGGGGGAUGGAAGAUCUCAUCAGUUAGGUGAUGCUAUCCAGAACUACAGUGCUCUGUUCCUUGAGAGCAGCUCUUUGAACAUAACUCACUCUCAGGAGAGUUCUAAAUCUAUGAACACAUCUCAGAAACAAGAGAGAAGGUUGAGCUUGGCCAGCACAAACAGUGAAAACUCAGGAUCAGCAGAGAGCUUGUCAUCAGCAUGCCUCACCAACAUUACUGCUAAGUGGUGGGGAACAAAGCGAAUUGAUUAUGCCUUGUAUUGUCCAGAUGUCCUGACAGCAUUUCCAACUGUGGCCCUGCCACAUCUUUUCCAUGCCAGCUACUGGGAAUCAACAGACGUCGUGGCAUUCAUUUUAAGACAGGUGAUGAGAUAUGAAAAUGUAGAUUUCAAAGAAAAUGAUAGCCUGGAUCCCGCAACGCUAAGCCCGUCCAAUCCACGAGAAAAAUGGCUACGCAAAAGGACACAUGUCAAAUUGAGAAAUGUGACUGCUAAUCAUCGGGCAAAUGAUGUAAUUGCUGCAGAAGAUGGUCCUCAGGUACUUGUUGGGCGCUUUAUGUAUGGACCUCUGGACAUGGUAGCUUUAACAGGUGAAAAGGUUGAUAUCUUCAUAAUGACUGAACCAUCUUCUGGUAGGUGGGUCUAUUUUGACACAGAGAUAUCCAACAGCAGUGGCCGGAUAUCCUACAGCAUACCCAAACAGAAGAGACUGAGAGUUGGUGUAUAUCCCAUCAGAAUGAUUGUCAGAGGGGACCAGAGCAGCGCCACAAGCUACCUGACUGUGCUUCCCCGAGGAAUGGAAUGUGUUGUGUUCAGCAUUGAUGGUUCAUUUGCAGCAAGUGUUUCAAUAAUGGGAAGUGACCCCAAAGUCCGAGCUGGGGCUGUCGAUGUUGUAAGACAUUGGCAGGACCUAGGAUAUCUGAUUAUCUAUAUUACUGGCCGUCCAGAUAUGCAAAAGCAGCGUGUGGUUUCAUGGUUAUCUCAGCACAACUUCCCUCAAGGAAUGAUCUUCUUCUCUGAUGGACUUGUUCAUGACCCACUGCGACAAAAGACUAUUUUUCUAAGGAAUCUCAUGCAAGAGUGCCACAUCAAAAUCUGUGCUGCAUAUGGUUCGACAAAGGAUAUUUCCGUUUACAAUGUCUUAGCUCUGUCGCCAUCCCAGAUCUACAUAGUUGGACGAUCGACAAAGAAAUACCAGGCACAAUGUCAAUUCCUCAGUGAGGGUUAUGCAGCCCACUUGGCCUCACUGGAGUUCAGUCUUCAUUCACGACCUAAAAAGAACAACUCUCGGAUGAUCUUGAGAAAAGGCAGCUUUGGCCUCCACUCUCAACCUGAAUUUUUGCGCAAGAGAAACCAUCUCCGCAGGACUAUGUCUGUACAGCAACCUGAUCCACCUUCUUCCAACCCCAAACCAGAGCGUGCCCAGAGCCAGCCCGAGUCAGACAAAGAUCAUGAUAGGCAUUUGCCUUCCAUUGCUUGGGUUAGGGGUGGAGUCCACAAAUUUGAAUCUGUUCCCUAGGAAGCCUGAGGCUGUAGAUUUUGGGUGUCCUUCAUUUAACUUGUAGUCAUGCCUCAGAAGGUAGUAUUUAGGCAGCUUCAAACUAGGAGGUGUAGAGGGGAAACUGUACCUCAGAGUCUUCCCUGCUCUGAAAAAUGCCUUCUUACACCAACCAGAGAACUUCCAGUUUGUUCUCUUGACGUAUUGGGAAAUUUUAAAACAAUCUAAAACUAUCCCAAGUGCUUAAGCAUUAAAGCAACAGGAAAAAAAAAGUCUUCAGUUACUUUUUACAACAGAUACAAUGAAAUGUGCAAUAAGAGAAAAAGCUGCUACAGGCUUUUUACACAAAAGGAUUGUAGUAUUAGCUAACUAGCUGCACCCAAAACAAUAUAAACAGUAUACCCCUUAGGUUACAGAGAAAGUUUACACUUAAAACAUUAAAUAGUUUCAUCUGUUGCCAAUUCACUUUUGAUGAAGCGAUAUAUUUGUAAGGGAAGCAGAGGUGAGGGUACAAAAAUGGGUCAUCAGGAUUUGUACAGCAAGAUGAUUUUUGGGUGCCUUGAGUCCAAGAUUUCCUUUCAGCUUAUACUGUUGGUCAACAGAUGCUAAUAUAGACACUCAUCCUGUAUAAGGUGCUGGACAUCAAAUAAAUAGGACUCUGCCUGUGAACCAAAUCGUAAAUGCUUAAUGUUAGAAAUAAACAUCUCUGCCACAGUUGGAAGUAGUUAGUGUUGCUGUAUGCAAAGUGAUGUGCAAGUGUACCAAACUGUGACUUUUGUGAAACUUGAUGACUGUGUAAAAUGUGUGAACUGUGUGUAAGGAGGUGUCUUUGACCAUUUCAGACUGAGAUAGAUUCUAAGACAGACGCCUUAAGGGAGCCUUUUCACUAAGGGGUCUGCAAUCUGCAGAGUAGUCACUUUUUUCAUUAUUCUAACUAAAAUCUUUAAUCUGCAGGAUGAAAGAGUAAUAAAUGCUAAUGGAGUAAAUUAUUUACCUUCUCAUGCUUGACAGCGAGUGCUCUGCUAAGACAAUCUAUAGCAAUCAAACUUGCAACAGUUGAGCUUCAAAGAAUGGAGGUGCCAAAUGUGUGUUCUCCUGGUUUCUCUUAGGUCUUUUACUUAUUAGAAGUAAAAUGUGUGAAAUUUUCCCUAAGUAAUAAUAUUUCUAAACUAAAUGUUGUAGUUAGUUUAAUACAGUUGCAGUUUUCUAGUUCAUUAUGCAUCUAUUUCCACUAUGCCAAAUUCACCAAUAUAACUUUUGUGAUAGAACUAAUGUAUGUUUCAAAACCUGUAGUGAAAUUGCUAGAGCAAAAAAACAGUUUUCUUUUAAAGUUAAGAUCAGACUGUUGACCCUGAGAAAGCUUGAAGUCAACAGGUGAUUUCUUGAGCUGUUUCUAGAUUUGGUUUCUUUGACUUCCCUCCCUCAGUUUUUUGGCACCAGGGGGAGGAUGUCAUCAUCCCCACCCUCCCUUUUAGGUUUUCCUAAUAUAUAGCCGGAACAGAAACAAGCCUGUUGGUUAAUGAGUUCAAAAUUGGUAUGUAAAACAAAGAAGGAAUGCAGUGGAAAGCUAUGAUGACAAUGCAGAAGUAAGUCUGAUAAUUCCUUGUUCACACAAAAGUUUCAGUGUGCUUUUUGAAGGACAGCUUUGUGGCUUUUGUCUUAAAAGGCGACCAGCAAACUAGUGUAUAAAUGGUGGUGAUUGCUGUUGUUGGUUUUUUUUCAGCUUGUCACUUAGCAAAUUUCUGAGUUACCUAUUUCAAACAUCCUGAAAGAUCUCUGGCACAUCAGUAGUUUUUCAUAAUGCUUCCUGUAAGGGAAGGGGUAAUUUUUUGCUGAAAAUUUAGGAAGGAUGUUAAGAUUUUAGUAGCUCACGGUUAACUUAUGUUACUGGAGCCUGGGGUUUUUAAUCUCUGCUGACAAGGUAGCCAGCUGCAAAAGCUAAAUGAACUACACUGAAGCAGUCUUCAGGCUUACAGUUUUCCCACUAGUUUCAUAGUUGUUUAA